AUGAGUCAUAGCAGUGGAAAUCGGCGAAGAAGUAAAGGUGGAAGCUUUAGGAUUCAUGAUAUUGAGAGGCAAGACGAGAGGAAUGAAGCUGAAGAUGGAGGUCCUCCAGUGCUUGGAUCAAGCAGCUCAAUGAAAAUUCGUGAGCCGCCUAAGUGGUUCUUCCGAUCUUGGAGGAUAAUAUUUGGAGUGUCGUGUGUGAUUGCAGUAGCAUUGGAUCCUUUGUUCUUUUACGUUCCUGUGAUCAAUGAAGAUAAGAAGUGCAUUGGGAUAGACAAAAAGUUGAGAGCCAUAUCUCUUAUUUUGCGCUCUGUUACCGAUAUCAUUGGCAUUAUAAAUAUUAUUUUGCAAUUUCAUGAUGAGUAUACCUAUAUAGACGAGACCUCGGGAAAGGUAGUUAAAGAUUUUCGGAAAAUAGCGAAGACUUAUUUGUGGCCAUACUUCGUAAUUGACAUUCUCGUUAUUCUUCCCUUCCCGCAAGUGAUCAUUUUAAUUAUUUUUCGACAACUGGAAGGCUCAAAAUCUUUGAAUAAAAGAAAGUUGUUGACUUUCUUUGUUCUCUUCCAAUAUGUGCCAAGAGUUAUUCAAAUCUUCCAAUCCUGGAAAGAUCCUAAGAAGAGAGUCGACAAAUCAUCUGAAACCCCCAAACGAGUUAAAGCGGCAUUCAAUUUCUUUCUCUACAUCAUUUCCAGUCAUGUAUUGGGAGCCUUUUGGUAUUUUCUUUCUAUUGAAAGGGAGACUGCUUGCUGGCACAGAGCCUGUGAAAUUCAUACAGGAUGUAUCGAAAGUUCUUUCAAAUGUGAUGACAGGCUUCACAGUUUAGGAAAUUACACAUUUCUAAAUGACGUUUGCCCAAUAAAUCCACCAGAUAAAACGCGCUUUGAUUUUGGAAUAUUUCUUGGCGCCCUUCAGUCUGGUGUAGUGCAGUCCAAAAAUUUCUCAGAAAAAUUCUUUCACUGUUUCUGGUGGGGCUUACAAAAUCUAAGUUCUCUUGGUCAAAACCUCGAAACAAGUAACUAUGUCUGGGAAAAAUGCUUUGCAGUUCUCAUUUCUCUCUUUGGCUUGUUAUUGUUUACAUAUUUCAUUGGAAAUUUGCAGCUAUACAUACAGCUGGACUCUUCAAAAUCGGAGGAAGCAAAAAAGAAGAGGGAGGAGAAGGAGGAAAGCAAGAAGGCGGAGGAGAAAGAGGCAAGGAAGAAGAGGGAGGACAAGGAGAAAAGAAUGGAGAUGGAGAUGAAGGAGAAAAAACGAACAAUAGAAAUAUGGAUGUUCAAAUACAGGCUUCCUGGAGAAAUGAAAAGACAGAUUAUGCAGAACGCAAUGCAGAUUUUGAAAAAAAACAAAAGCCUUGUUCAUGUGGAGAACCUGUUACGACAGCUUCCUGAAGGACUAAGCAAUUCUGUAAAACGCCACAUCUACUUAGAUCUACUAAAAAAAGUGCCGGCGCUUCAAAAUAUGGAUGAGCAACUGUUGCUAAAGAUAUGCGACUCUCUCAGGCCAGUCUACUACAAUGAGCAGAGCUACAUUGUUCGGGAGAGAGACCCAGUUGAUGCGACGAUCUUCAUCACUGAUGGUGUUGCAUGGAGCUAUUCAACUAGUAAUAACGGUGAAGCAAUCAGUGGCUCCUCUUCACUCGCUGAGCGUCUUGAAAAAGGUGACUUCUUCGGUGGAGAACUUCUUGAAUUCGUGUUGAAAAACCCAUCCUUGCCCAAACUCGCCAUUUCUCCAAGAACCGUCAAAACCCAUGGACCAAUUGAAGGCUUUGCUCUAAUGGCCGAGGACUUGAAGAAUAUUGUCACUAAGAACUGGAAGUGUGUUGGCAAAGGGCAGUUGGAACCCUUCGCAGCUCAUGUGGUGCAAGCAGCUUGGCGCAGGCAUCAUGAAAAGUCCUCACAGGGCGGCAGAUAA